CGGAGCCGGUGUGCGGAGGGGGGGCGGCUCGGUCGGGGCCGGGCCGAGCGGAGUGCGGAGCUGGCGCAAAGUGACAAGUGAGGGGCUGAGAGCGGCGAAGGCGGCGGCCGCUCGUGCUCUCGCUUCCCCGCCCGUCAGGACAGCUCAGCCCCGAGGGCGCGGCGUGGGACGGUUCGAGAGGAGACGCGGCCCCGUCGGCGCUACGCGGGACCGGCCCGGGACGCCGGCGCUGCGCGGUGGAUGUGGGAGUAAGAGCGGCGCCGGCUCAGGAAUGCAGCAGCCGGGCGGCGGGGACGGGAGCCUCCUGCUGCUCCCGCUGCUCCUGCUGCUGCGGGCGGGCAGCCGGGCGGAGCUGGGGGACGCCACGCAAGGAGCAAAUUCAUCCCUUAUUGCUGAUUUCAUGCCUACAUCAUCAUGGAACAUCUCAAGUGAAUUAGAUAAAGAUUACUUCUUGACACUUGAUGAACCCAUGAAUAACAUAACCACCACCCUUGGCCAGACCGCAGAGCUGCACUGUAAGGUCUCUGGCAAUCCCCCUCCGACAGUGCGCUGGCUGAAGAACGACGCUCCGGUUGUGCAGGAGCCCCGCAGGAUCUCCUUCCGUGCCACCAGCUAUGGGUCGCGGCUGCGCAUCAGGAACCUCGACACGACGGACACUGGCUACUUCCAGUGCGUCGCCACCAACGGCAGGAAGACUGUUUCUACUACUGGUGUGCUCUUCGUCAAGUUUGGUCCCCCGCCAACAGCAAGCCCGGGAUCAUCUGAUGAGUACGAAGAGGAUGGGUUUUGCCAGCCUUACCGGGGCAUCGCCUGCGCGCGCUUUAUUGGGAACCGGACGAUUUACAUGGAGUCCUUGCACAUGCAGGGGGAAAUUGAAAACCAGAUUACAGCUGCCUUCACCAUGAUUGGCACUUCCAGCCAUUUGUCAGAUAAAUGCUCCCAGUUUGCCAUCCCUUCGCUGUGCCAUUACGCCUUCCCCUACUGCGACGAGACCUCCUCAGCUCCCAAGCCGCGAGACCUGUGCCGUGAUGAAUGUGAAAUCCUGGAGAAUGUCCUGUGUCAGACUGAGUAUAUUUUUGCAAGAUCUAAUCCCAUGAUUCUGAUGAGAUUAAAGCUGCCCAACUGCGAAGAUCUUCCCCAGCCUGACAGCCCCGAAGCCGUCAAUUGUAUCCGGAUUGGGAUUCCGAUGGCAGAUCCCAUAAAUAAAAAUCACAAAUGCUACAACAGCACAGGAGUAGAUUACCGGGGCACAGUCAGCGUGACCAGGUCGGGGCGGCAGUGCCAGCCCUGGAACUCGCAGUACCCCCACAUCCACACCUUCACCGCCAUCAGGUACCCCGAGCUCAACGGGGGCCACUCCUACUGCCGCAACCCAGGGAACCAGAAGGAUGCUCCGUGGUGCUUCACCUUGGAUGAAAACUUCAAGUCUGAGCUUUGUGACGUCCCAGCAUGUGAUUAUAAGGAUUCCAAGGAAAAGAACAAAAUGGAAAUCCUGUAUAUCCUGGUGCCAAGUGUCACCAUUCCCCUGGCCAUAGCCUUGCUCUUCUUCUUCAUCUGCAUCUGUCGCAACAAUCAGAAGUCAUCCUCCCCUCCUGUUCAGAGACAGCCUAAACAUGUGAGAGGACAGAAUGUGGAGAUGUCAAUGCUCAAUGCCUACAAACCAAAGAGCAAGGCUAAGGAGCUACCUCUGUCUGCUGUUCGUUUCAUGGAAGAACUGGGUGAAUGUGCCUUUGGCAAGAUCUACAAGGGCCACCUCUACCUUCCGGGCAUGGAUCAUGCUCAGCUUGUGGCUAUCAAGACACUAAAAGACUUUAACAACCCCCAGCAGUGGGCAGAGUUCCAGCAAGAAGCAUCCCUCAUGGCUGAACUCCAUCACCCUAACAUCGUUUGCCUCUUAGGCGUUGUCACUCAGGAGCAGCCCAUCUGCAUGCUUUUUGAGUACAUGAACCAAGGAGACCUCCAUGAGUUCCUCAUCAUGAGGUCACCCCAUUCAGAUGUGGGAUGCAGCAGUGAUGAGGAUGGGACUGUAAAAUCCAGCCUGGACCACGGGGAUUUCCUGCAUAUUGCCGUGCAGAUCGCAGCAGGGAUGGAGUACUUAUCCAGCCAUUUUUUUGUCCAUAAGGACCUCGCCGCUCGUAACAUUUUAAUUGGAGAGCAGCUUCAUGUGAAAAUUUCAGACCUUGGGCUCUCAAGAGAAAUCUACUCAGCUGAUUACUACAGAAUCCAGAACAAGUCCCUCUUGCCAAUCCGCUGGAUGCCGCCCGAGGCCAUCAUGUACGGCAAGUUCUCUUCCGAUUCGGAUAUUUGGUCGUUUGGGGUUGUUCUGUGGGAAAUAUUCAGCUUUGGACUCCAACCCUAUUACGGAUUUAGUAACCAAGAGGUCAUAGAGAUGAUCAGGAAAAGGCAGCUGCUGCCGUGCUCUGAAGACUGUCCUCCCAGAAUGUACAGCCUGAUGACAGAGUGCUGGCAUGAUCUGCCGUCCCGGAGGCCACGCUUUAAGGAAAUCCACGCCAGGCUGCGCUCCUGGGAGGGUCUUUCAAGUCACACAAGUUCUACUACCCCCUCCGGUGGGAAUGCCACCACUCAAACGACUUCCCUCAGCGCAAGCCCAGUGAGCAACCUCAGUAACCCCAGAUACCCCAACUACAUGUUUCCAGCACAAGGUAUACCACAAGGCCAGAUCGCCGGCUUCAUCGGGCCUCCCAUACCUCAGAACCAGCGGUACAUCCCCAUCAACGGGUACCCCAUUCCGCCAGGAUACGCCGCCUUCCCGGCUGCCCACUAUCAACCUCAAGCUCCACCUCGAGUCAUCCAGCACUGUCCUCCUCCAAAGAGUCGUUCUCCCAGCAGUGCCAGCGGGUCGACCAGCACAGGCCACGUCACAAGUUUGCCGUCUUCGGGCUCCAACCAGGAAGCAAAUAUUCCUUUGCUAUCCCAUAUGGCAAUUCCUAAUCACCCGGCGGGAAUUGGUAUCACAGUGUUUGGAAACAAAACACAAAAACCAUACAAAAUUGACUCGAAGCAAUCUUCCCUACUAGGGGACUCCAGCAUCCAUGGAGCCAACGACUCCAUGAUUUCCGCCGAGUUGUAAAUAAGCAAGGGCCUUUGUAAAUAUAACUCUUUACAAGAGGGAACUAGGAAGGGGCAGGAAAGAUUUCUAUUCAGAUAUUUUAUUAAACGAUUCCUUCUGGCGGUUUAAGAGGCGCUGCAGCCAAGUAUCUUCUGUGAAGUUUCACUGCUCACCAGCACGGGCAGACACAACCAGACAGAGAUCAGUUGCGGUAGGAAUACUCCUGCGUCAUCAGUGGAUGCCUUUGCUCAAGUGCCACCGACAAAGUCAAAAAGGGGAAGAGGAAUUUUUGUUUUUUGAAUUAAAACCUGUUACCAUAGGCUUUUUUUUCACAGCUUUUUAGACCUCUGGUGUGGUUUAUAUCACGGGAACUUUUUGAUACUGAAAGCAUAUUUUAAUAUUUGUCUCUGUUUUUUAGGAGAUGCCAAUGCUCGGAGGUCCGCUGGGUGUGCAAUGUCGGUUCCAAGAGCUAGUUAAAGUAUUUGUAAAUGUUGCAGCCGAGGCUUACGUUUCAAAUGUGUGAUCUGAGAGCUGAAUAAUUUCCUUCAGGUAGGAUUUGGGUCUUUUGUCAAGUUGGGAGGCUGAGUUCAGAGUCAGACCAAACAGGAAAAAAAGGAAAGUCGUUUAGGUGACAGAGCAAUAAUUUGAGUUCGCAACUUGCGGUCUGCAAGCAUCAUCUGCCCUUGGCUGCAGAUGAUGGCUGGGGUCCUAAGAAAUUGCCUUAAAAAGGGAAUGAAAUUAAAGCAUUUUAAUUUCAGAACCUGGAUCAACUCACUCAAAAUUUCAGACAGUUCAAGCAGAAAUCUUAUAUCCUUUUGUUGCUAUGCAACGGUGUAAUGGAAAGGCUCCAAACCACAAUUUUAUAUAUGACAAUCAGGAUUUCUUCUCUCUCUUUUCCUCCCUCCCCUCCCACCCCCCUCAGGAAUAUUUAUUGUUUUAGACCAAUGUGUAAUUUCAAUGACUAUGACUCCAGGAACCCUGAGGGGAAAAAAAAAAUGAAAGACAGGGAAACUCACAUUCCAUCAGGCAGCGAAUCCAUCGAUGGCAGUUUUGUCUGUCACUGCUAAUAAUGUGAAGGGGUGCGAACUUUCACCUUAGGAAAGAUGACCUUCGUGUCAUUGCCAACAACAAGAAAAGUCAUUCAGGUCUAAACACCCAAGAUUAGUCAUUUAAAACCACUUUAAUGAGUCACUAAAGUGCUGUGUGCUUUCCAGUUUUCCACAGACUCUUGAUUUUCUGUUGGUAUUAAGUAGUGGGGUUUAUUGUACCCAGAACAAGCCCAACCUUUCUUUUUUUUGCUCAGUUGACAAUGGUGUAUGAUAGGACUCUUAUCUCUUUUGCACAGAAGCCUGAUAAUGUUUUGUACAGCAGAAGUGAAAAAUAACAUCUCUGCCUUUUAUAUCUUGGUCUGUUUCUAUUUUUAACCUGAUGUAGAUGUUCUUGAAAUAUAUUAUGGUGAUACUCAGCCACUACCUUAUCCAAAUAGUUUUCUUUUGUCACUGCAUGCGUUUAAUCACUGUAUUACUUGAUGAUUGACUUAGUAAUUAUGGGCAUUUCAAUUAGGCAAGCAUGAAAAUGUAACAACAAAGGCUAUUUUAUAAUUAAGAUAUGUGCAUUUUUUUGUAUUUCACGUGCCAGAGAUGAUAUUAAACACUGAUUAUUUUAUGCUGCUGUUCAUUAAAACAUCGUUCUACCAUAAA